AUGUCCCCACGAUGUGCCGAUUUGGUGGAGACUUUGGGGAUGCUCCAGUCCAUCGCCGACCUGUUCUUGAACGUUCUGGUCUAUUUGAGAGCCACGACGUUGAGCAAACUCUUGUAUUCCUCGCACGAGGCGGAGCUUUGGGUGCGGAUGUAUUUGCCCGUCUUGCUUGACAAGCGUGGUUGGGGUGGAGAUGCAUCUCUUUGCGCGGAUCCUUUGUCCACCCUGCACCUGUCUGAGGUCUGGGACGUGCUGGCCAACGUGGGUUCUCCCAUCGGUGUCAACUACAUGCUUCUACGACAUACUUGUUAUGGAACCAUGCUGGAGCUGCAGCUUUCACCAGGCCCGACCUUGGCGCAUUUCAAUUUCCGCGCCUCGGACGAGGCUGCUCCCAUGUGGUGCCGCGGCAGCUUCGCCGUGCGGGGCGCCUUGCAGUGUCGCAAGUGGACGGACGAGCUGCGCUUGCGGCCCCGCCGCACGCCGAUGACCCAGGCGUCAAUCGCUCAGCAAAGCUCCUACCGUGUAGAGCAUUGUGGUGACCGGUUUGUCCUCCGCCCGAGCAAGAUGUGGACAGAGGAGCGGCCGCAGCUGCAGCUGACCAAGCGAGGUUUUAUUGCCAUUGCCGCUGAGGGUGGAGGAAUCAUCGUAGAGGAUGGCCAACCGGCACGGCGCGUGGAAGCGGAUGCACCCGAAGCAGCAUGUUGA